AUGGACUUGCCGCAACAUGUUCUGGUUGUGCCAUCUCCAGCACAAGGCCAUGUCAAGCCGUUCAUGAAACUAGCAUACAACUUGGCUUAUCAUGGGAUCAAGGUCACAUUUGCCAAUUCAGAAUUUGUCGAAGCCAAAAUUCUUGGUGCAAUGUCCGAAGCAGACAAGGAACAAUGUCCCAUAAGGCUAGUGUCUUACUCUGACGGAUUGGAGGCGUGUCCAGCUGAAGAAAGAAAUGGUGCGCGGCUGAUAGCUAGCCUUAAAGAGGUGAUGCCAAAAAAUCUCGAAAAAUUAAUUGAGCAGAUUAAUCAGUCGGAUAACAAGGAGCCGAUUACUUGUGUCAUUGGGGAUUUAACAGUGGGAUGGACAUUAGAAGUUGCGCGUAAAAUGGGGCUGAAACAGGUUGCAGUUUGGCCUGCAGGACCGGCUUCCUUGGCAUUGGCACUUCGUAUCCCACAACUUAUAGAAACAGGAGUUAUCGAUGAAAACGGUUCAACAAUGAAAAACGAGCUGAUUUGUUUAUCAGAAGAAAUUCCAGUGUGGAAUAGCUGGGAGCUCACUUGGAUCAGUCCUGGUAAACCAGCAUUACAGAAAAUUUUAUUUGACUUUUCUCUAGCUAUCAAUCAAGUUGUCAAAAAUCCAAUCAUUGUGCUCUGCAACACGUAUUAUGAACUUGACUCGUCCUCCUGUGCCAUGAUUCCUGGCAUCCUCCCAAUCGGUCCUCUACCUGCGAUAAGUAACUUAAAUCCCUGUAGUGGAUCUUUUUUGUCUCAGGAUUCGACUUGUUUAAGCUGGCUAGACAAACAACCUCCAAACUCCGUCAUUUAUAUUGCUUUUGGCAGCACAGCAAUGUUUAGCCAGAAACAGUUUGAUGAAUUAGCACUUGGUCUUGAACUAUCAGGCCACUCGUUUUUAUGGGUUGUGCGACCAAACAUUGUCACCGGAUCAUCUCAUGAGCACUACCCUGACAAUUUUCUGGAAAAAAUAGCUAGUCGAGGAAAGAUUGUCGAAUGGGCGCCUCAAGAAAAGGUUCUUGCUCAUUCUUCAAUUUCUUGUUUCUUUUCUCAUUGUGGUUGGAACUCAACAAUGGAGGGAGUGAGCAAUGGUGUACCCUUUUUGUGCUGGCCUUAUGUAUGGGAUCAAUUUGAUAAUAAGAAAUAUAUUUGUGAAAUGUGGAAAGUUGGGUUAGGACUUGAUUAUGAUGAAGAUGGGAUCAUAUCCAGACAUGAGAUCAAGACAAAGAUUCAUAAUCUGGUAACAAAUGAUGGAAUGAAGAUGAAUGCCAGGAAGCUUAUGGAGGAUGCUAAGAAGAGUGUAAGCCACGGUGGUGGUUCUUAUGAGAAUUUUAAGAGCUUGGUCAAGUUUGAGUUGAGAAUCCUAGCGUCAUUAGUCAUGAACUUGCAGCAACAUGUAUUGGUCGUGCCAUUACCAGCACAGGGCCAUGUCAAGCCGCUCAUGAAACUAGCCUACAACUUGGCUUAUCAUGGGAUCAAGGCCACAUUUGCCAAUUCACAAUUUGUUGAAGCCAAAAUUCUUGCUGCAAUGUCCGAAGCAGACAAGGAACAAUGUCCCAUAAGGCUAGUCUCUUAUUGGGACGGAAUGGAGUCGCACCCUGAAGAAAGAUUUGGACCGGUGGAAAUGGAUAGCCUUAAAAAGGUGAUGACAAAAAAUCUCGAAAAAUUAAUUGAGCAGAUUAAUCAGUCGGAUAAGGAGCCGAUUACUUGUGUCAUGGUGGAUUUAACAGUUGGAUGGACAUUAGAAGUUGCGAGAAACAUGGGGUUGAAACAGGUUGCAGUUUGGCUAGCAGGACCAGCUUCUUUGGCAUUGGCACUUCGUAUCCCGACACUUAUAGAAGCAAGAGUUAUCGAUGAAAAUGGUUCAACAAUAAAAAAUGAGCUGAUUUGUUUAUCAGAAGGAAUUCCAGUGUGGAAUAGCUGGGAGCUCACUUGGAGCACUCCUGGUAAACCAGCCUUACAGAAAUUUUUCUUUGACUUUUCUCUAGCUAUCAAUCAAGUUGUCGAAAAUCCAACCAUUGUGCUGUGCAACACAUAUUAUGAACUUGACUCAUCCUCUUGUGCCAUGAUUCCUAACAUCCUCCCAAUCGGUCCUCUACCUGCGAUAAGUAACUUAAAUCCUUGUAGUGGAUCUUUUUCGUCUCAGGAUUCAACUUGUUUAAGCUGGCUAGACAAACAACCUUCAAACUCAGUUAUUUACAUUGCUUUUGGCAGCACCACAAUGUUUAGCCAGAAGCAGUUUAAUGAAAUAGCAUUUGGUCUUGAACUAUCUGGUUACUCAUUUUUGUGGGCUGUACGACCAAACAUUGUCAGUGGAUCAUCUCCCGAGUACUACCCUAACAAUUUUCUGGAAAGAAUAGCUGGUCGAGGAAAGAUUGUUGAAUGGGCACCUCAAGAAAAGGUUCUUGCUCACUCUUCAGUUUCUUGUUUCUUUUCUCAUUGUGGUUGGAACUCAACAAUAGAGGGAAUAAGCCAUGGUGUACCGUUUUUGUGCUGGCCUUAUGUAUGGGAUCAAUUUGAUAAUAAGAAAUAUAUCUGUGACGUGUGGAAAGUUGGGUUAGCAGUUAAAUAUGAUGAAGAUGGGAUCAUAUCGAGACAUGAGAUCAAGACAAAGAUUCAUAAUCUAUUAACCAAUUAUGAAAUGAAGAUAAAUGCCAUCAAGCUGAUGGAGGAUGCUAAAAAGAGUGUAAGCCUAGGUGGUUCUUCUCAUGAGAAUUUCAAGAGCUUGGUCAAGUACCUGAAAGCCUAAAUUCAUUCAAGAUCUUUUCCUCCCUUUUCUAUUGCUAUAUUGUUUUGUUUUGGAUUUGGUUUCAUGUGAUAACAAAUUGGUGUGGACAAGCAUUGUCUACUUAUUUGUUAGUCUUUUUACUUAUUUCAAAUAAUGUUGCGUGUCGUUUUAUCUAUUAAUUGUCUCUAUUUAUUAGUUCUAAUUGAAGUAAAAGUUAAUGUUGGUAAUUUCA